GUUUGUCACGUAGCACAUGUAGGAGGCGUGAGGUUCCACAGGUUUGGCCAAUCGAGCGAAUACGCUUCCCGUCUGAACAAUUCUUCUAGCCACGUAUUGGCGAGGCUGGCACGUAAACACAUUUUUGGUGAGCUGGGGCAAACCCUGAAUCAGCGAGACUGAUUAGUGGCCGCCCAUUGGCCAAGAAUAAAAAGGAAAACACAGUUCUCCCAUUUGAUUGGCGAAAGGCAGCAGAGAGCUCGCGCCGCACCACUGGAUUCAAGAUUAUUUCCAUUUCAGAGAGGAGUCACAGUAGCAGAACUAGACCGAUGACCUGACAACAGCAUUUUUGCAGACAUUGUCUUUGUCGGAGUUGGUAAAGAGGGAUUCAGAGGGGAGAGAGGGGCUGUUUUUAAACUAGAAUGGCGUGCCAGAAAAUUGGCUUUGUGUUGUGCAGGAACACUCAUAGGACAACAGCGCUAAAUGCUGUAUCAAAAAUCCCUGCAUUCACAUGUGCAAGCCUAGCAUCGGGUGGCGCGACUCUUCAUGGCGAAAAACCCAGCGAAGCUGUGAGGACCAAAAGUCAAGACAAAACAGUUAACGGUUCUGCAAGCUCGCAUGGAGCUUCUGGUUCCCACCGACACCAAAAUGUGAAGAAGAGGGGCGAGGAAUUGCUCUCAAGAUCCGGAAGAGCAUAUUCUUCCACUGCCCCUCAAGUCAAUCCCAAAACGUAUCUUUGGGCAAGAUACAAUGAGAUGAAACGACUCGUGCACGAUUUAAUUCCUCCAGGGGUCUGCAAUCUGCUUAAUCCUGCCACUAUCUAUGCAAAUAAUGAAGUACAUCUAGAUGAAGUGGACAUCUAUGGGUUUGAUUAUGACUACACGCUGGCCCUGUAUUCCAAUGCCCUUGAUACCAUGAUCUACAACAAAGCACGAGAUUUCCUCAUAGAACACUACAAGUAUCCACAAGAGAUCAGCAAGUAUGACUACGUUCCCAAUUUUGCUUCUCGGGGUCUACACUACGACAUCCAAAAGGGGCUUCUGAUGAAAAUCGACGCCUUUCAUUACAUCCAGAUGGGAACUGUUUAUAGGGGUUUCAAGCCUGUGCCUGAUGAAGAGGUCAUGCAGCUUUACGGAGGCACCAAUCACGUCCCACUUCAUCAAGUCAGCGGCUUUUAUGGGAAGGGCCCCAAAAUGAAACAGUACAUGGAUGUGUUCUCCAUCCCAGAAAUGACGCUGCUGGCUGCUGCUAACGAUUUCUUCAUCUCCAAUGACAUUGAGUACGACCCUGUGCACCUCUACCGGGACGUCUCGGAGGCUGUAGGAAUGGUCCACAUCAAGGGCUUCAUGUACAAGUGGAUCAUGCAAGACCUUGAGAAGUAUAUUCUCCGUGGGGAUGAGACCUACGCCGUGCUGCAUCGCCUUGUGAACCAGGGGAAGAAGCUCUUCCUCAUCACCAACAGCCCCUUCAGCUUUGUGGAUAAAGGCAUGAAGUACAUGGUGGGCAAAGACUGGAGGGACUUUUUUGAAGUGAUCAUUGUUCAAGCGGACAAGCCCCACUUCUUUAACGACUGUGUGAAACCAUUCAGAAGACUCGAUAGUAAUGGGGAUCUUCAGUGGGACAAGAUCAAGAGCUUGGAGAAAGGACAGAUCUACAAACAGGGAAAUCUGUAUGACUUUCUGAGGCUGACUGGUUGGAGAGGAUCCAGAGUGCUCUACUUUGGAGACCAUCUCUACAGUGACUUGGCGGACCUGAUGCUUCGUCACGGCUGGAGGACAGGGGCCAUUGUGCCAGAGCUGGAGGUGGAGACCAGGGUGGUGAACACGGAGCAGUACGCCCAAAGCCUCACCUGGCUGCAGGCCCUCACCGGCCUAUUGGAGCGACUGCAGAUGCACAAAGACCCAGAGUCCAAGAAGGUUCUUGAAGACUGGCUGAAGGAGAGGGAAGAACUGAGAGCCGUGACAAAGAACCUGUUCAACCCCCAGUUCGGGAGCAUCUUCCGGACGUGCCACAACCCCACCUACUUCUCGCGGCGCCUGUGCCGCUUCUCCGACCUGUACAUGGCCUCCAUCAGCUGUCUGCUGAACUACGACCUCUCCUACACCUUCUACCCGCGCCGCACGCCCCUGCAGCACGAGGCGCCCCUCUGGAUGGACCAGCUCUGCACCGGCUGCAUGAAGACCCCCUUCCUGGAGGAGAUGGCCCACAUCCGCUGAUGCCAUGGAAAUCUUCUUCUUCUUCUUCUUCAUCUCAUUCCAUGGCAACUGUGGUGUAGGAAAGACCUGGUGUAACUCCCCAAGUCAUGUGCUAAAGCUGAUGUAGAGCCUGAACAGGUGUGCAUUUCGGCAGGGGCGGGGCACUUACCGAGCUGGACCCCGUUUCUCAACAUAGUUGCCAACCGAUUAGCAACUUAGUAGGUUGCCAAUGUGAAAUUGCAUUGCAACCAAGUAAGUUGUUAAUUUAGUAAGCAAUGACGCUGUUGAGAAACGCACACGCCCCAGUUCAAGAUGACAAAGGGGGUGAAACGUGGCAGCCUGGGCUGUGACUGUUUUUGAACUCUGGCGCCAUCUACUGGACAGAUGGAGAUGUAGCUUUUUUCAAUGAGAUUUCAAGUUCAUUAUAGUGUUGCAUAGGAUACUUAAUAGUUACAUGUGCAUCUGGUACUUCAUAAGGAGUUUUCCGGAUACUGGGAAAACAUGAUACUGGUAUAAUAUAUAUUUUAAUAUAGUUGUAGUGUGUACUUGACAUCAUCCCCACUAACUUGGACAAUUGUGUGAAAUGUGCUGGAUACGACUGUUACGACCCUUUGUAUUGUUUUGAUGGAAAAAUGAAAAAAACUUUUAAUGAAACAAAAAAAAACUUUUUAAUUACUUAUUUUUAUAUUAGCAAUGAAAAGACAGUGCCAUUGAAUUCUACUCCUCUGAAGUCUUUAAAUUGUGGAGAAUAAAUUCCUCAAAAAUGAAAAG